GAGUAUGCGCACUGGCAACCCGCGCUCAGCCUCUGGAGGCUAUGCGCAGGCGCGGUGCACUGCGCGCGGGCAUCAGGGUGGUUUUUCGACGCCGGCGGUGGACAAAUAGCAGGCGGCAUGGACCACGGUUGCUGGGCGGAUGGGGAGCAUCUGUGGUCAGUUGCCUAAGAGAUGGUGAGAUGGGAAGCUGCACUUGGAAGACCCUGGAGGAUGCCUGACAAGAGGAUGUCUGACCCAUGAUGAAGUUGGAGCUCUUUUUGAAAUGUUUCUUGCCCUUCCUGGAGCAGAGGAGCCAUUAUGUAUGCAGGUACAUCGAAGUCUUUUGACCUCCGUACAGUGAUUAUGCUUGUCAUUGCUGGUGGUAUCCUGGCAGCCUUGCUCCUGCUGAUAGUUGUCGUGCUCUGUCUUUACUUCAAAAUAUACAACGCACUAAAAGCUGCAAAGGACCCUGAGGCUGUGGCUGUAAAAAAUCACAACCCAGACAAGGUGUGGUGGGCCAAGAACAGCCAGGCCAAAACCAUUGCCAUGGAGUCUUGUCCUGCCCUGCAGUGCUGUGAAGGAUGUAGAAUGUAUGCCAGUUUUGAUGCCCUGCCACCUUGCUGUUGUGACAUAAAUGAGGGCCUCUGACUUGGGAAAGGCGGGCACAAAAAUCUUCAUGAGCAAUAUUUCUUUCUUAGUAGAUUGUUUUGUUAUUCAAAUCAAGUUCUAGAGUUUUUAUGUGAGAUUAUAUAAUUUACAGUGUUAUUUUAUAUACUUUUGAAUAAAUGUACACUAUUAAAAAUAA